AAAAAAAAAAAAGAUGUUUUAUUAGCAGUAGUCAGAGGAGGACAUAUCUCUGUGAGUUUGUGAUCAUCCUGGUCUACUUAUGAUUUCAGGACAGCCAUGGAUACUUAGUGACAAUGGCUCAAAAAUUACAACAAAAAAUAUUUUUUUAAAGCCUGGGAGAUGUCUCAGUAGGUAGUAGUCAAGCCUGAUUAACCUGAGUUCAAUCUCUAGGCCCCACACGGUGGAAAGUUAAAAAGUAAUUCCCACACAUUUUCCUCUGACUGCCACACAUAAGCAUGUGUACAUGGCCACCCACAGAAAAUAAAUGGAAAACAGUAAAAUUUAGCCAUUUAUAAUUCCAGUUCUAGAAGACUGGACAUUCCUUCUGGUCUCUGUGGGUAUCAGGCACACAUCUGGUAGGCACAUUCCUACAUGCAGACAAAACACUCAUGUAUGUAAAAAUUAAAAAGUCAGGGCUGGAGAGAUGGCUUAAUGGUUAAGAGCACUGCCUGCCCUGUCCUGGGUUCACUUCCUGGCAACCACAUGGUGGCUCAAAACCAUCUGUACUGUGAUCUGGUGCUCUCUGCUGGCAUGCAGGUGUACAUGCAGAUAAAGCACUCGUUAAAUAAAUAAACCUUUGGGGUGGGGAGGGGAGCCUAUUAGGAGCUGACAAGUUAGCUCAGCAAGAAGGGAUAUUUGUUUACGAGACUGGAAACAUCUACAAUGUCCUGUGGAAGGGCAAAAUUGAGUCCUGGAAGGUAUCCUCUGACCUCCACAAGCAUGCUAUGGAAAGGUUCUUUCUACAUACAUACAAAAAUAAAUGUAUGUUUUUAAUAUGCCCUAUUAAACCAGGUAGUUGUGGCGGUGCAUGACUUUGGUCCCAGCACUUGGGAGACAGAGGCAGGCAGAUCUCUGAGUUUGAGGACAGUCUGGUCUACAGAAUGAGUUCCAGGACAGCCAGGGCUACACAGAGAAACCCUGCCUUGAAAAAACAAAAAAGAAAAAGAAGCAUAGUAGAUGUCUUCUGUAAUUCUAACGUUUGAGAGGCAGAUAAAAUAGGAUUGCAAGUUCCAAGCCAGCCUGAGAGACAUAGCAGACUCCAAACAUACUAAAUAAAUAGAAGUAAUAUGCUGUUAGAGGGCAGAAGGCCUACAAUUAUUAUUGUUAUUAUUGUUAUUGUUAUUGUUAUUAUUAUUUGUUGUUGUUAUUGUUAUUAUUAUUAUUGUUGUUGUUGUUGUUGUUAUUACUGUUACUUUGUGUAUGUGUGUGUAGUGUGUGCCUGAUGUUUGUAUGUGGGAGAACAACUCUGUGGAAUCUAGAUUAUAGAGUGAAACUGAGGCCAGUCUGUUUAACUUCAUGAGACCCUAACUCAAAACUAAAUGCCGCAGUGUAUGUGUUUAGCUCAACAGUGGAACACUUGCCAUGGCAGAUGUAAGACCCUAGGUUCAAUCAUGAAAAGGCAAAUAUUACGUACUUUCUCUCACAUCCAGAAUUUAUAUUUAAAUGCACACACACAGGGGUUGGAGAGAUGGCUCAGUGGUUAAGAGCUCCGACUGCGGGGUUGGGGAUUUAGCUCAGUGGUAGAGCGCUUGCCUAGGAAGCGCAAGGCCCUGGGUUCAGUCCCCAGCUCUGAAAAAAAAGAACCAAAAAAAAAAAAAAAAAGAGCUCCGACUGCUCUUCCAGAGGUCCCGAGUUCAAUUCCCAGCAACCACAUGGUGGCUCACAACCAUCUGUAAUGGGAUCCAGAUCCAAAACCUUCUUCUGGUGUGUCUGGAGAUAGCUACAGUGUACUCACUCUACAGUGUACUCAUAUACAUAAAAUAAAUAAAAAUCUUUAAAAAAAAUGCGUGCGCGCGCGCGCACACACACACACACACACACACACACACACACACACGAUGAUGGAAGCAGACUGUGAGAGAAGACGGAUCCUUAAUGGGAAAGGAGGUAAUGACAGUACUGAGGUUUUUCUCACUGAAGCUAGAUUCAACAGCAUAUAUACACAUAUGCUGAUAUACAGGACAUGGAAAUGAGAGAGACUCUGAGGAGAAGAGCACCAGCAUAGGAAAGAAAUGGGUGAAGGCUGUGGACAGGUAUAUUAUGAGCAAGGUAGCACAUGUAUUGUGGUACAAGUACACAUGUAUUUGAUGUGUUAAUUAAAACAAAAAAAUAUCCAAACAGGCUUGAGAACUUCCAGAAAGCUGCACAUAGGCAGUUUUCUGGAUGGUGGCCCACCUGGACCUCGUCAGGAUGCUCCAACUUAACGCUGUUCCUCCUCACCCCAAACAUUUCAUAUGUAACCUUUGCAGUAACAUCCUCAACAGUAAACUGUAAACUUGUUUGCUAAUUCUGUGGGCCAUUCUAGCAGAUUCACUGGAUCUGAAGACAGGCUGUGGUAACCUGAUUUAUAACCAGUUGGUCGGAAGUAUUGCUAAAACAAUGACUGGGACUUGACUUUGGCACCUGAACUCAAUGAUAGAGGCAAUUGUGGAGAGUGAGCCCAUAACCUGUGGGAGCUGCGCCCUCUCCAGGCAGGUGGUGUUAAAAACAAUUGAGUUCAACAACUUUCAACACUAACAACGAUUAGUGCUAGCUGUGCUUGGUCUCUGUGUGCACGCAGAUGUGUGUACUUCAUGUGCUUGCAUGGGUGUGGAGGUUAAAGGCCAAGGCUGAAGUCUUCCUCGAUUAACUUUCAUUUCUUUUUAAGUUUUAUUAUACUUAUUUGUUGGGGGCAGACGUACCAUUGCACGACUAUUAAGAGCCAACUCAGGCCCUUAGACAGAAUCAUCUCAACAGCCUCACCAUCUUAUUCAUACAUUUGGUUGUUUUGGUUGUCUUUUGUUUUCGAGUCAUGGUCUCUCUACAGAGCCCUAGCUAUCCUGGAACUCACAGAGAUCCACUGGCCCCUACUUCUGGAGUGCUUGACUCAAAGACAUGCCUGACCACCCUUGGUACUAUCAUAUUUUUUUGAGAAAGGCUCUCACAAUGAACCUGUAUCUCACCCAUUUCAUGAGUCCCUGUCUCCACCUCCCCAGCACUGAGAUAUCAGAUGCACACUACAGUACCAGUCUUUUAUGCAAGUGAUAGAGACUCAAAUGUAGGUCCUCAUAUUUCCAGGCAAGGAUUUUACUGAUGGAACCAUCUUCUUAGCCCCUUCUAUAAUUGUUAAGGUCAUAACAGUGUUCUGUUAAUGAAGGUGAUAGGUAUAGGAAAAACUGAAUUUGGAUCUUGUUCUCUUGGCUGAGUUGUAUUUUAAAAAAAUAAUCAGAGGGCUGGAGAGAUGGCUUAGUGGUUAAGAGCACUGUCUGCUCUUCCAGAGGUCCUGAGUUCAAUUCCCAGCAACCACAUGGUGGCUCACAACCAUCUGUAAUGAGAACCCAUGCCCUCUUCUGGCAAGCAGGUGUACGUGCAGAAGGAGCACUCAUAUACAUUAAAUAAAUAAAUAUUUUUUAAAGUUAGAUGAUUUUUUAAAUAUUGGGUAUUCAAUCCAGAGGAGUAUAUCUGUUGCAGAAUGCCAGAAUUGGGAAGGUAUGACUUAAUGGUCUUUUUAAAAAAUAUACUUAUUUUUAUGUAUUUUACCUGCUGGUAUAUGUCCAUGCAAGGGUGCCAGAUCCCCUGGAACUGGAGUUAAAGACAGUUAUGAGCUCCAUGUGGGUGAUGGGAUUUGAAUCUGUGUCCUCUACAAGAGCAGCCAGUGCUCUUAAGUGCUAGAUCACUUUCUAGCCCCUUGGUUUUUGUUUAUUAAGACAGAGUUGCUUCUGUGGUUCAGGCUUGCCUAGAACGUAUUGUGGAACACAGGCUAGCCCUCUGACUCAUCCUCCUACCUCAUCUUUCCAAGUUCUGGAAUCACAGAUGUGAGUCGCCAUGUCUGCCUCGAAAAGAGUGCUCAGGACUCUCCUGCUAAAUACCUCAGCAAUGGCCCAGGACAAGAGCCCGUCACUGUUCUGACCAUUGACCUCACCAAAAUCAGCAAACCCUCUUCCUCCUUUGAGUUUCGAACCUGGGAUCCAGAGGGAGUGAUUUUUUAUGGGGACACCAACACUGAAGAUGACUGGUUCAUGCUGGGACUGCGGGAUGGCCAGCUUGAAAUCCAGCUGCACAAUCUCUGGGCUCGGCUUACAGUAGGCUUUGGCCCUCGGCUGAAUGAUGGGAGAUGGCACCCGGUGGAGCUAAAGAUGAACGGGGAUUCACUGCUGCUAUGGGUGGAUGGAAAAGAGAUGCUAUGCCUGAGACAAGUUUCUGCAUCCCUGGCUGACCAUCCCCAGCUCAGCAUGAGGAUUGCACUAGGGGGGCUCCUCCUCCCCACUUCCAAACUUCGGUUUCCGCUCGUUCCUGCCCUGGAUGGCUGUAUACGCCGAGAUAUCUGGCUGGGCCACCAGGCCCAGCUCUCAACCUCUGCCCGAACUAGCCUUGGGAACUGUGAUGUGGACCUGCAACCUGGACUGUUCUUCCCUCCAGGGACCCAUGCAGAAUUCAGUCUCCAAGACAUUCCCCAGCCUCACACAGACCCCUGGACCUUUUCUCUGGAGCUGGGAUUUAAGCUGGUGGAUGGAGCAGGACGACUCCUUACUCUUGGGACAGGGACAAAUUCUUCUUGGCUCACCCUUCACCUCCAAGACCAAACGGUGGUUCUGUCUUCUGAAGCAGAACCUAAACUAGCUUUACCCUUGGCGGUGGGACUCCCUCUUCAACUGAAGCUGGAUGUAUUCAAAGUAGCCUUGAGCCAAGGACCAAAGAUGGAGGUCCUUUCUACAUCUCUUUUAAGACUUGCCUCCCUCUGGAGACUCUGGUCCCACCCUCAGGGCCAUCUCUCCCUUGGGGCUUUACCAGGAGAGGACUCUUCUGCUUCCUUUUGCCUGAGUGACCUUUGGGUACAAGGACAGAGACUGGACAUAGACAAAGCCCUGAGCAGAAGCCAGGACAUCUGGACUCAUAGUUGCCCUCAGAGCCCUAGCAAUGAUACCCACACCUCCCACUAAACCCCUUUGAGAAGCAGGCACGGCUGUGCACAUCCUUAAAUCCCGGAGAGGUGAAUUGGGACCUCAAGGUUAUCCUUGGCUAUAUGACAUGUUUGAGGCCAGCCUGGGCUACAUGAAACCCUGCCUUCAAAAAUAAAAAAGAACUUUGGAUGCAA